GAUUAUGUUGUGAAAACAAUCAAAAUAAUUACGAUAUGCAUGUUUAAGAGUUUCGCUCGCAUAAUUACCCACGCGUUUUCUUAUAAAUAAGAAGAACGAACGAUCGUCAAAUCACAUUUCUAAAUACAUUAGUGAAACAUAUAGUUAUACAUUAUAAUAAAGUAAUCAAACAAGAUGUCUUCAACACGUGCAUCAAUCGUCUUCACUGUUUUCACUUUACUACUGAACGAAGUAAUGGCAAAUCCAAUACUCACAGACUUCGCAAAUCAACCUUGCGAGAAGCAGACAAAACUUAAAGCCACUCGAGAGCUUGUUGAUAAAUUACAGUCAAACCAUUUUCUAAUUUUGGAGUCGAAAGUGCGCAAGGAUAAGAAAGAGAUACCACCUCCUCAAGUGCAAGCCAUCAAGCAUUUCUCAAAGAAAAGAUCGUUAUGCCCAACAGAACUAGUGGCACAAGCAAAUCCAAACCGAUUUCCACAAACGAUAACCAGCGUCACAUUGAAGUACCCGGAGAAAAACCAACACAAUUGCAAACCUAUUUAUAGAGAAAUCAUUUAUCUACAAAUGAACGAAAAGUGUUCUAAGGAUUUUAAUAAAAAACACCUGAAGAUUCAUACAAUGAAGGUCAUUGUUGCAUACGAGUACAGAAAAUAGACCUUCAAUCGACGAAAUAGAAAUUCACAAAUACGAUAAAAAAAAAAUGAAAUAUAUAUAUGUAUAAUUUGUUUAUAAAAUAGUCCUUGUUAUCUUAUAGAAUAUUUUGUAUAUAUAUAGGAAUAAAUUAUUAUUUUGUAUAAUUUGUAAAAUAUGUAAGUGAGAAAAUCUAUAUAUUUAUAGCUAUUAUUAC